AUGGAGGUAAUUCGGGGAAAGUCCUGCUGUUGCGGGGAGCUUGAAGGAGCUGACCUCCUGUCAGACACCUUUAGCUCCAAUGAAAUACACACUCCACUACAAACAUGUGCUCGCCCAACUGCCUCAGAGGACAGGUAUCAGGAAUUGAGGGAAUCACUCCAACAAUGCAGACUUCCCUGGGGCGCGGACAGGGAAUAUGGUGGGAUAAUACCAAUUUCACUCCCUGAGGAAUACCGGCCAAAAUGUGAACCUCUUUGUAUCAUGGGUAAAGGACAUCAGCAUUAUGGAUUUGGUGGAGAAACCUGGCCAAGAAAACUUCCUAUUGAACAAUUCUAUUAUUUGACACAGAACAAGAAAAGUGACAUCUAUGGAAAUGAUUGUUUGAUUCCCAAACCACCUAGUGCUAUGGUAGACCCAUUAAGCCCCAAAGUCUCUUCCUUUGACCUGAACUCCUCAAAUACCCCCUUCAAUGAGAUGUGUGGCAUCGUGGUGAAAAAUAUAGGGCAAAUUGAGGCCUCAAAACACAAAGUGAAAAGUAAUCCUUAUAGAUACGAACUGGUUGAUUUUCCCUCGGAUUCAAAGAAGAAAGCUUUAACAUGGCCUGGGCAGGGUGUAUAUUAUGACUUUCCUAAAUGUGUUGAGAAAAAUAAGCCAGUGUUCUACCCAAAACCUCCUAAGACCUUCGCUCCUAAUACUUCUUUAAAUUCCUGGGAUCCUAUUAACUCUCUAAAAGAAGCCAACAUACAAAGAAAUCUGGAGAAGUCCCACUGGAUCACAACAUACACUCAUGAUUUUACAGGUCUGGGGCCCAUGAACCCCCUUGAACUGGAUGAUUACCAUGAAAAGGAGGUAGCCGACUUAACUGGACAGAUAGGAUUUGACCCAGAGCCUCAAGAAAAAUUCCAUCCUGCCUUAAAACCCGUCAGACCAUUGGAAGGACGAAUUGCUCGAAUGAUUAAUGACCGACGUUCUCUGGAGGCUACUGUCCAGGAAAAGCCACCUUCUUGUCCAGAUUGUACUCCCACAGUUUUAUGUACUUUUCAUACCUUUAUACCCAGUUCUGAAGAAAUGAGGGCACUUAAGGAUAACACACGGGCCGGUGUGACCCAUAAAAACCAGGACAUUGAAGAGAAAAUUAAGGAAGAACAGAGCUUGCUAUCCUGCUAUGCACUUCCAUCUUGUUACCCAACAAAAGUUCUGACUGACCUUUACAGCAUAAAACCAUUUCCAAAAGUCACGGAUACUAAAAAGACAGAAGAUUUAUACUGGAGACAGCUGGCAGUAAAACCCCAACCUGUACCUCACUCUAAAGCAAACAAUUAUAUUCACUAUGAACAUUUUAAAUCUGACCAGUAUACUGUGUGUCAAGAUCCUAAUAGCCUUAGUAAGCCUAGUAUGUUACAAAAUAAACAUGGCACAGAAGCUUUCACUUUAGAACAGUUUUUCGGUAAGCCAGAAGAACAUCAGUUGGCCUUGAACAUGGAAGACAACAAAGAAGCAAGACCUAUCCUGAGUUGGAUUCCUAGAGCAGGUGUGGCCAAGCCUCAGACCAACCUGCUGGACCUUAAGAACUCUUUUUCAAAAACUGGUGAACGCAAACGUUUCCAUAAAUCAAUUCUAGAUGACCAUAGAGACCUCAGGGAUAAGGACCAAUCAGGGAUGAAGCACCAAUUCUAUGGCCAUAACUCCUAUUAUUUCUACAAUUGA